AUGGGGAAUAAUUGUUUACAUAAAUAAGAAAAUUAGAAAGCAUAAAUUAUUAAAAUUAAUGGAUAUCCCCGGUUGAAUUAUCCAAACAAGUUAUUGUUAGAACCUAGCAUUCAAAAUUUAUCAUAAAAUUUGGAUACAUUUGAGGAAGACUUUUUUAAAAGUGAAUUUAUUUUAGAUUUCUAACCAGACAUUAAUAGAAAUUAGAGCACAAGAAAAGUUAAGCUUGGAUCAACUCUUGAAGAAAUUAAUCGAUUAAAUUUAAUUCAAUGUCCUUCUUUAUGUCACAUAGAUGAAAAACAUGAUUUUAAUUACGAUAAUAAAUUAAAAUUGAUUCCUAAUCUUCAUAAGAAUGAUAAAAAUGUUAUUUUAUAAGGGAAGAAAUAGAAAAAAUCAAAGAAUAGAAAUAAAAAGGUUACACUUUUAAAAUUCGAAUAACCCAAAAGUAUUCUCAAGACUCAUACAAAAUAAAGAUCAUCCUAUAGUAGUUGUUGUGAUGAUAAAAGCUAACAUACAGUAACCUUCAGUCUUGCUUCUAGUAAGUCAAGAAAUUCAAGAUCUCUAUCACCUAUGAUAAUAGCUUUAUCAAUGAAUAAGUAAACAAUAGAGAGUAUAAGCUUAUCUUAAUUGUAAUAGUUUCCUUACUUGUGA